AUGCCUUCUAAACUUGAUGUAUACUGUGCAAAGCCCGCUUUGCAAGUGAGGACUUUCUUAGACAAGUUCCCAAAGAUCUACAAUGUCUACUUCAUUGCCAUGAUUUCUACCAUUGCUGGUAUGAUGUUUGGUUUUGAUAUUUCUUCCAUGUCUGCCUUCAUUGGUACUGAGAGUUAUAUCAAUUUCUUUGACAACCCUGGUUCUACCAUUCAAGGUUUCAUUACUUCUUGUAUGGCUUUAGGUUCAUUCUUUGGUUCCAUUGCUUCUUCGUUCAUUUCCGAACCAUUCGGUAGAAGAUUAUCUUUGAUGGUUUGUUCCUUCCUUUGGAUGGUCGGUGCUGCUAUUCAAUCUUCAUCGCAAAACCGUGCUCAAUUAAUUAUUGGUCGUAUUAUCUCUGGUGUCGGUGUUGGUUUCGGUUCUUCUGUGGCUCCAAUUUACGGUGCUGAAUUAGCUCCAAGAAAGAUCAGAGGUUUAAUUGGUGGUCUUUUCCAAUUCUCCGUCACUUUAGGUAUUUUGAUUAUGUUCUACCUUUCUUACGGGUUGGGUCAUAUUCAUGGUGUUGCUUCCUUCAGAAUUUCCUGGGGUUUGCAAAUUGUUCCAGGUUUACUUAUGUUCUUUGGUGUCUUUAUCAUUCCAGAAUCUCCACGUUGGUUGGCCAAGCAAGACUUGUGGGACCAAGCUGAAGAUAUUGUUGCUAGAAUCCAAGCCAAGGGUGAUAAGGAACAUCCAGAUGUCUUGGUUGAAAUUGGUGAAAUUAAGGAACAACUUUUGAUUGAAGAAAGUGCCAAGUCUAUUGGUUACGCUACCUUAUUCAGAAAGAAGUAUCUCAGAAGAACUUUGACUGCUAUCUUUGCUCAAAUCUGGCAACAAUUAACUGGUAUGAACGUUAUGAUGUACUAUAUCGUUUAUAUUUUCCAAAUGGCUGGUUACUCUGGUAAUGCUAACUUGGUUGCUUCUUCCAUUCAAUACGUUUUAAACACCGCAACUACUGUUCCUGCCUUAUUCUUGUUUGAUAGAAUUGGUAGAAGACCAUUAUUGGUUGGUGGUGCUAUUUUCAUGAUGAUUUUCCAAUUCGGUGUUGCUGGUAUCUUAGCUACUUACUCUGUUCCAUGGCCAGAUUCAGGUAAUGAAUCCGUUACCAUUAGAAUCCCUGAAGACAACAAGACUGCUUCCAGAGGUGUUAUUGCUUGUUGUUACUUGUUUGUGUGUUCGUUUGCUUCCACCUGGGGUGUGGGUAUCUGGGUCUACUGUUCUGAAGUUUGGGGUGAUUCCAGAAUCUCACAAAGAGGUAACGCUUUAUCUACUGCUGCUAACUGGAUCAUUAACUUUGCUAUUGCCAUGUACACUCCAUCUGGAUUCAAGAACAUCUCAUGGAAGACUUAUAUUAUCUACGGUGUCUUUUGUAUUGUCAUGGCCAUCCACGUCUUCUUCGGAUUCCCAGAAACUAGAGGUAAGAGAUUGGAAGAAAUCGGAGAAAUGUGGGACUCCAAUGUUCCAGCUUGGAGAUCUGGUUCUUGGGAACCACACAUUCCUGCUACUUCAGAUGCUGAAAUUGCUAGAAAGUUGAGUCUUGAACACAAAGAAGGAGGAUUAAUGGAAGACUCAAACUCAUCUGCUGAUAGAGUCUAA